AUGAGCAUUGACUUCUCGUUCAUGGAUCAGAUCCUGGCCUUGCACGAAGAUGAUAUGGACGUAGUGGUUCAGCCUUCUGUCCCAUGGAUGAGUCUCAAUGAUCAGAUCAAAGACUCGGGGUUAUUUUUCCCAGUCGACCCUGGCCCAUCGGCCCGAAUUGGAGGUAUGGUGGGUACGAGCUGCAGUGGCACCAACGCAGUGCGAUACGGCACGAUGAAGGAUUGGGUCAUCAAUCUGACUGUAGUCCUUGCCGAUGGCACGAUCAUCAAGACCAGAAGAAGGCCCAGGAAGUCAUCGGCCGGUUACAAUCUUACCAACCUCUUCGUUGGCUCCGAAGGCACCCUGGGUAUCGUGACUGAGAUCACUUUGAAACUCGCAGUAGUACCACAAGAGACCAGCGUCGCAGUCGUCACCUUUCCCACGAUACGGGAUGCUGCUGCCGCUGCUUCCAAGGUGUUGCGCGCCGGAGUGCCGGUGGCUGCGAUGGAGAUAAUGGAUGACGUGCAGAUGGGUGUAAUCAACAAAGCCGGAUCAACGACCAAAAAGUGGAAAGAAUUGCCGACCAUGUUCUUCAAAUUUUCGGGAACCAAAGCAGGGGUACAGGAGAACAUUGAGCUGGUCAAGUCCAUUUCCAGGAAACACAAGAGCGGGGACUUCGAAUUCGCCGUCAGCGCUGAGGAGCAGAAAACGCUUUGGUCUGCGCGCAAGGAGUCCCUAUGGAGCAUGUUGGCGCUCCGUCGCGAAGGCGACGAAGUUUGGUCAACAGAUGUCGCCGUGCCGAUCUCCAGGCUCCCAGACAUUAUAGAAAUCUCAAAGAAAGAGAUGGAUGACCUCGGUCUCUUCGCCAGCAUUCUAGGUCAUAUCGGAGACGGCAACUUCCACGAAAGUAUUAUGUACAACAGCAAAGAUCCCAAAGAGCGAGCGGCUGUCGAGAAGUGCGUUCAUGACAUGGUCGACCGCGCGCUAGAGAUGGAUGGCACAUGUACCGGCGAGCACGGCAUUGGGCUGGGCAAGAAAGAAUCGUUGCAGAAAGAACUCGGUCUCGACACUAUCAAUGUGAUGAGAAGCAUCAAGGGCGCACUGGAUCCGUAUUGGCUCAUGAACCCAGGAAAGAUCAUGGACGCUCAGGCGUAG